GUCGUCCUCGGGUCGUGGGUGUUAUUACGACAAAGGACUCAUCUUCCAUAGCAACAAUGGCCGUUUCCGUGGAGGAGGUGUCCGCGUCCAUUGUGCGGGAAUAUCUGAGUAGAAAGGGACUGAAGAGGACCAUCGCCUGCAUGGAUGAAGAGCACCCACGCACACAUUCCAGUAUCAACAACAGAUCACAGUUGAGGCAGAUCCUGCACAUAGAAGACCUGUACAGGAGGAACAAGGUCGAGAGUUCGCCCCUGAGGACUUUACUGGAGAUCGUCAUAAAGCACCACAUUGAAGGCGCCGAUGAUGACAAGAUGGCCUCCAAGGAGAGGGAAUCAUUGGAGUCUGCUUUAAUAGUCGCCAGCAUCGAACAUGAUCGCGUCAAAUUAAGGUCACAUGUCAAGGAGGCGUCCCCCCGCCUGAACCAGCAUGACACAGGGGUCCAUCAAGGCCCAUCAGAAGGUGAAAAAAAGCCUCCUGAAAUGGUCCCGAAAAGCAGACGAUUGCGACGCGGCGUGAUGGCAGGACCGAUAUCAAGCACCCUUCAGGAUCCCAACAAACCGAGGCUGAGUGGAAGACAGUCUGGAGAUGGAAUGUCACUCCUCAGUUUGCAGCAGAAAGGCUGCGAAAAGUCCACAAGUGACACAGCAGAAAGACCGCAGGGCUCGCAAAAUGUGGGCCAAGGCGGACAUGACAGAAACAUCGUGAGGCCCAAGAGGACGCCGCCGACAAACGUGGAUUUGUCAGAGAUGGUGCUGGACGACAUUGAAGACGAGCUGCUGGAGUUGUCCAACGUGUCCAUCAGAAACUUAGUGACUGCGAGCGGACGCCACACCAGCCGGCCCAUGGACCAACACACGGCCUCGGAACUGAAAGCAGUUCUACUUGGCUCGCCUGUCAAAUGCUUCAGUGUGGAGUGGACCAAUCAGGCUUUCACAUUCUCCCAAACACACGACCUGAGAUACGGGAUUGUUCAAAAAAAGGGUGGUCCGUGUGGCGUGCUGGCGUCCAUCCAGGCCUUCGUGUUAAAGAAGCUUCUCUUUGAAAACCCUGACAGUGGCCAGGCAAGACUUCAGGCUUUAAGGCCGACCAAUGCAGCCAGACGCCAAAGUCUGACUUUAGCUGUGGCUGAAGUCCUGUGGAGGGCGGGCCAGGACACACGCGCCACUCUGGCAAUAAACACUGGAAGAAAUGUUUUCACUCCCAGUGGACACUUCAGGUCUGAAGGAGUGCUGGAAAAGAUCACGUGUUUGACGGUGGACAGCAUGAAGGACCUGCAGUUGCUUGUGGAGCAGCAUAUCGAGCAGUUUGAGACGGGCGAGCUGGGGUGUCUCCUGCUGACCGUGUCGGCUGUCCUCUCUCGAUCCACUGACAAAGUGAGAGAGGAUAUGGACGUGGCCACCAACUCUCUCAUCGGAGCUCACGGCUACUGCACUCAGGAGCUGGUCAACCUGCUGCUGGUGGGCCGAGCGGUCUCCAACGUCUUCGACGGCGACGUGGAGUUGGACACUGGCGAUGGCGACUCCACCCUGCUGAAGGGCAUCCAAGGUCAAUGCAACGUUGGCCUGCUGUCCUUGUUUGAACAUUACAACAUCUUCAAGGUUGGAGACCAUCUGAAGAACCCUCUUUUCCCCAUCUGGGUGGUGUGCAGCGAAAGCCACUUCAGUGUCCUGUUUGGCCUGCAGGGGGAGCUGCUGACCAAUCAGGAUAAAGGCCCGGACUUGGACUUGUACUACUAUGACGGACUGGCCAAUCAGCAGGAGGAGAUCCGCCUCACUGUCUCCGUGGGUAAGUCACCUCUGAGUGGUCAACAUGCGGACCCUGAUCUGAUCCCUCCUCUGGAACUUUGCAUCCGGACUAGGUGGAAAGAUGCCUUUGUGGGCUGGAACGACACAGAACCCAUUCUCUGACUCCUCGGAUUGAUAUUUUCAACGUCAGCUGCAGUCCAAGUUUGUCUCAUCUUUUCAUAUUCAGUCCAAACCCCCCCGCUGUAACCACACCUAAAUAUGCCACGUUCAAAUGCUUCACCACAAUACAUCUUUUAGAAAGAUCUAUUGAAAUUAGGGGAUGGGUACCAGAUUCUGGACUUUGAUAGGUACCAACCGAAUCGGUACCACAUGGGCUAAAAAUGUUGUACGGUAUACCGGUAUUAGUUUAGCACCACGAUACUAAUGAAUCAUAUUCGGUACUAUACCGCCUCUAAAAAGUCAUGCAGGAGAGCAUGUUCGGCAGCGCACACACACAGAGUACUUACAAGCAGACACAGUUUGUGGACAGAAAAGGGAGAAUGGACGCAUUUUGGUGUAAAAAGUAAAGAUAAAGGU